CAGCCAAGAUGGCGGAUGAAUUGCUAGACGCAGGAAUUAGUUAGUUAGCUAGCGGUUUAACUGGCAAAAGCAGCAUUAGAAUACAUUUUUGUAUUUUUUCAGCACAGUUCCGACAUUAACCACGUCUGUACUGGUUGCGGUUUUCGGACACAGUGGACGUAUUUAUAGUUGAUGGGAAGGUAGCAAGCAUGGCUAUCACAAGCACGUUACACUGGAUGGUUGUAGCCGGUAACUUCUCGAUAGGGGGCGAUGUCGGGGGCCGAGCGCCGGACGCAGUGCUGGUGGAAAAGACACAUCGCCGAGCAGCUGAAGCAGAGGGAUCGGGUGCAGAGGCAGGCCUUCGAGGAGAUCAUCCACCAAUAUAAUCGUUUGUUGGAGAAAUCUGAUUUGCAGGCAGUGCUGUCGGAGAGGCUUCAGCCAGAUAAAUCUGAUCACCCGAAUAGACAUGAUCUGAGCCCUGGAGUAGACGUGGGCCGCAGCGAUGCCCUGCUGCAGGAGAUGGCCCAGAUCCGCAUCCGGCACCAGGAGGAGCUGACCGAGCUGCACAAGAAGCGCGGCGAGCUGGCCCAGAAUGUCAUUGAACUGAACAACCAAAUGCAGCAGAAGGACAAGGAGAUCCAGGGCAAUGAGGCCAAGAUGCUGCAAUGUCAGCAGCGCAUCUCGGAGCUGGAGGCGGAGUGCCGGGACCUGCGCAGCAACCUGCAGGACCUGGAGCGGGCCAACCAGACGCUGAAGGACGAGUACGACGCCCUGCAGAUCACCUUCGGCGCGCUGGAGGAGAAGCUGCGUCGCACCACCGAGGACAACCAGGAGCUGGUCUCCCGUUGGAUGGCCGAGAAGGCCCAGGAGGCCAACCGCCUCAACGCAGAGAACGAGAAGGACACCAGACGCAGACAGGCCAAACUGCAGAAGGACCUAGCAGAGGCAGCCAAGGAGCCCCUGCCCCUCGACCCGGAUGAUGACAUCGAGGUUCUGCCAGAUGACGCCCCAGAAGGGGCGGGGCCAGCGGACACCUCGCCCAGCCGAGCCUCCUCCCGCACCCCGAGCAAGCGCAACUCCCAGCCUCCCUCGUCAGGACUCCUGGACUCCAUAUCCAGUAUCUUUGGCCUGUCUGAGUCUGUGAUGCCUGGACUCCACCCGCCUGACUGCAGGCGGCGGUCCGCAAACUCGUUCGGCAGUUCACCUGACGGUGCAGAGACGCAGCCUGGGGUGUGUGCAGAAGUGCGAGUCCCUUCAACGGCCCUGCACACAUUUGACGCUCAUGACGGAGAGGUGAACGCGGUGCGUUUCAGUCCUGGGUCUCGUCUCCUGGCCACGGGGGGUAUGGACCGACGGGUGAAGCUCUGGGAGGUUGUCUCAGGCCAUUGUGAGUACAAAGGGGCUUUGACUGGCAGCAACGCUGGGAUCACUAGCAUUGAGUUUGAUAGUGCGGGUUCUUACCUGCUUGCUGCGUCCAAUGAUUUCGCCAGCCGGAUCUGGACUGUAGACGAUUACAGGCUGCGGCACACCCUCACGGGACACAGUGGAAAAGUGCUGUCUGCGCGCUUCCUCCUGGACAAUGCCCGCAUCGUAUCUGGGAGUUACGACCGGACCCUGAAGCUCUGGGACCUCCGCAGCAAAGUCUGUAUGAAGACAGUAUUUGCAGGCUCCAGCUGUAAUGACAUUGUGUGUACAGAGCAGUGCGUAAUGAGCGGCCAUUUUGAUAAGAAAGUGCGCUUCUGGGACAUCAGGGCGGAGAGUAUUGUUCGGGAGCUGGAGCUCCUGGGCCGGAUCACCUCGCUGGACCUGAACCAGGACCGCUCCGAGCUGCUCACCUGUUCCCGUGACGACCUGGUCAAGAUCAUCGACCUGCGCAGCAGCAGCGUGCGGCAGACCUUCAGUGCUGACGGCUUCAAGUGUGGGUCGGACUGGACUCGAGUAACGUUCAGCCCCGAUGGGUGCUACGUAGCGGCGGGCUCUGCGGAGGGAACCCUGUUUGUGUGGAAUGUGCUGACUGGCAAGCUGGAGCGCUCCCUGGACAAGCACCACAGCUCCGCCAUCAACGCCGUGUCCUGGUCUCCGUCUGGAGCCCACGUGGUCAGCGUGGAGAAGGGGAGCAAGGCCGUGCUGUGGUCCGACCUGUGAUUGGCUGUCCACGAUGCCCACUGGAUCCCCCGUGUCAUCGGUGACACUGAAGGACACGGAGCAAUGCUAAUAUCCGCCUGCAGGGGGAGCUGUAGACCACUUCCUGAGCGUUGUCUAUGCAGAUUUUUCAGGCCUGCAGGAAAUCGCUAAAUUGGAAUUCAUUUUCCCUCUGUCCUUCAUACUUCUGUUCAACUCCUCACCCCCCCCACAGUUUUGCUUUUUUGCACAGUGUUUGUCAAUUUCCUGUUUUCCUGCCAAUAGGUAUGUUGGAGAAUUAGUGUAAGACAAUGCAGAACUUAAAGCAGGGUUUGUAAUUUUACAUUUUUUGUUUUAAAGUAAUACAGUAUAACCUGUAUAGAAUGUCAGUUACUGAAUUUGCGUUGGGUGAAACGUUUCUCUGGCUUGCUUAAAUGAGCAUGCCCAGUUGGCUGCAUUAAUAUUAGUUUGGUUAACAAUUUUAGCCAAUUUCCUCUUCCUUUUAGUUUGGGGGGGGGGGGGCGGGGGGAGAGAGAAAGGUGUUUUUGAAAGGAAAUCGGGUUGAGUCUUAAAAGUUAACGUUGGAACAUUCAGUCUUGAUGUCGUUUACCUGGUCACAAGCAUGCAUUUUUAUUUAUGGCUUUAAAUUAUUGAGUUCUAACAGUUCUUUGAAGCAACCAGGAAUUCAAAAAAUCUUCAUGACGGCAAAAGGAACGGUUUCUGCACAAAGACUGGAAAGCUGUGGGCUCCAAGGCUGUUCAACAGCGAGUAUGUUCUUCUGGUUUGGAAUGGGUGACUGGGUGGAGUUGGGGAACUUUGGUCAUGACUGUCGUGUAAAAUGUCUGGUGGGUGGAGCUGUCACCUUUGAUGCAACCAUGAAAUGUGUUCUCCUUGAGGGAAAGCCAUCUGGCACCUCCGCCUGUACAUCUGUAUAUACAGUAUUGAGGGGUCUAUGGUUUAGUGGUGCCGGGUGGG